UAAAUAUUUCGAACAUUGAAAGAUAUCCUCCCAUUAUUUACAUUAACUUGUCGAUCAAAUAUGUGGCUAUUUUGAAAUUCUAUCAACUCUAUAAAUUAAUAUCGCAUCAGUUUUGAAAAGUUAUUUUAUGAGAAACACUCGACUGAUUUUUAUUCCAGUAGCUUUUGUGUGGAAAUGUUUGAAUGCUCAUCAUUUAAAUAAAUACAUUUAAUGAAAAUGUACUUGUAAUUCAAGAAAGGAGUUUCGGAUCUCAAUUAAAAGUGACAAUAAAGUAGGAAAAAAUUGAAAUUAUCUUGUAAAAAGGAUAUUAAUAUGAAUUCUUUGUCGCAUCUAUAUCCUGUCACGGAAAAAGGGACUCGAAAGCCAAAAUGCGCAAGAUGCAGAAAUCACGGAAUGGUGUCCUGGUUAAAAGGGCAUAAACGUCACUGUGACUUCAAAGACUGCACGUGCGCAAAGUGUAAUCUAAUCGCCGAACGACAACGUGUGAUGGCAGCUCAAGUUGCAUUGAAAAGACAACAAGCCACAGAAGACGCAAUUGCUCUUGGCAUAAGAGCAUGCGCUGGGAGUGAGACUUCUUUGCCGAUAAUGACUCAGGGGCCGCUCUGGGGCCCGGGCACUGUUGCACCGCCGUCUGCAAAUGUAGAGCGAGAUCAUACUGAGAGAUUGUCAAAAUCUCAACCAAGUCCUGACGGUCGAUCUGAAGAUGAGGACGACAUAAGCAUCUGUUCAGAAGAAGAUCCCCAUUUCUCUAAACAAGAAGAGUGCCAAAGACGAAUCCAAACGCCGGAAACACCGGAGAAGCAAGACGGGAAAUGUGACGAAAGAGAUUCAAUGAUUAAAUCAAACGUUAUCAGACCGGCGGCGUUCACACCGGGUCGUUUGACAAACUUAGAAAUUUUGGAAAGAGUGUUUCCUCUGCACAGGAAGUCUGUUCUUGAACUUGUUUUGCAAGGAUGUAACGGCGAUAUUGUGAAAGCAAUUGAGCAGUUCUUGUCAGCCCAAGACACUAUUGAUGCGCAUGGUAAAGUGGACGCUACAAAGGCGUCAAAUUUUAGAUUUAGCCCGUACUCGAACCCGUCUCACUGGAUUCAAGGAUCAAACUCGCAAUACGGUCCCUCGCAUUCACAAACAUUUGACUUAAAAUCAGCAUUCAAACCAUUACCUAAUUUGCCCGCAUUGACAGGACUUCAUUCAGCGUUUUUACCCGGCUACCCGAGUUUGUCGUCUGCAAAUCCUUUAGCGUCGCACUUUACCCAGGGACAAUAUUCUAGUACCAGCCUCGGACUUCCGUUUCCGCACGGGACAUAUUCCGGACUUCCGGGAUAUACAGGUACCAUGAAUGGACUUUUGGGCACACCAUUUUCUAUUCUCCCAUACCGAAAUAAUGAGGCUAGAGAUUUAACAAAGAUAUCAGAAAGAAACUCUUCAGGAGAAACUGAAAAGAAUAAGAAACAAUAGAAAUGUGAUAACAAAAUAAGAAAAAACAAAACAAACUGAAACUCUAGUGAAACACAUGUCAAGCAGAAUUUACUUUCAAAGUAGCAGACAUUUGUGUAACUAUUGUUUGCAAAGUAUAUAAAUCUAGAUAUUUAAAUUAAUAUUAAAGAAUGCAUACUAUUAAGAAUAGAAAAAAAAACAGUAGGUCAAAUGACGAAAAUAUAUAUCUCGAACAAGUAAUUGACGUUUACUUGAUAUAGAAAAAUAGAAUACAAAUGAAUUAUUUAUAUAAUUUCAACUUAUGUGCUUCGUGACACGUUAAAACACUUUUCCAAGAAUAAGUCUCAAGACAAACACACGUUAUUAUUUUAUAAAAGUAUUCUGUGCUGACUGAUUUUUUGUGACUUUCGUGAUAUACGGCAGGUUUAUUGUGACAUUAAUCAGAUUUUAUGUGACCUCCAGCUACAUAGCAGAAUUUAUAUGACAAUACAAAUAAUAUACUACUUUUUGUCGAGUGUUUAUUUUUUGUAAACCGUUAAAAGUUCACUUGUGGCGUAAAUUUGUAUUUAUUUGUAAUAAAAAUAGUAAAUUUGA